AUGGAUUUCCUCCGCCGCCUAUACAACAUCCUCUUCUCUUCGCCUGCAACUAAAGUCGAAACCCCGAUUAGAUUCGGAUUACUCGGCGCAUCGAAGAUCGCACCGAAUGCGAUUAUAGGACCUGCGAAGACGCAUCCUGAGGUUAGGAUUGUGGGGGUUGCGGCGAGGGAUGCGGAGAGGGCGAGGGUGUAUGCGAGGAGGUAUGGGAUUGAGAGGGUUUUUGGGGGGUAUCAAGAGUUGAUCGACGACCCAGACAUCGACGCUGUAUACAUACCUCUACCCAAUGGUCUCCAUUAUGAGUGGGCCCUCAAGGCUCUCAAAGCAGGCAAACAUGUCCUUCUCGAGAAGCCCUCGACAUCCAAUGCCACCGAGGCAAACUCUCUCUUCCGCCACGAAGUUCUUCAACAAGCCAAACCUCCUGUCAUCCUCGAAGCGUUUCAUGUCCUCUUUCAUCCCGCAUGGCAGACGUUUCUUUCCUGCCUCGAUCCGAAGAAUAUAGUGUCUGCAUACUCGAUUUUCCACGUACCUAGAGGGAUAUUACCAAACAGCGACAUAAGAUUUCAAUAUGACCUAUCUGGAGGCACACUCAUGGAUCUUGGCACAUACAAAGUUCUUGAUCUAAGACAAAUUUUCGGCACGGAACCAGAGGAAUGUCUCGAAGCCACUCCAAGAAUGAUGCCGAAAGGUUACGACCAGAAAUGUGAUCAUGCUAUGACGGCAAAGUGGCGUUUCCCAAACGGAGGCGUUGGUACAAUUGAUUGUGACUUGAGUGCUAGGGGUGCAGCUGGCUUGCCCAAAUUCACAAUGCCUUUGUGCAAGGUUGUCCAUAAAGAACUUGUGAUAGAGGAUGCGGGUCUAGGACACGCGGAAGGACGGGAACAUGUGAUGGUCAAAACUGUCACAAUCUUGAACCCAAUGUUUCCGACCUUCUGGCAUCGUAUCGAUAUCGAGGAGCAACACACGAUCCGAACCAUCAAGGAUAAGAAGAUUGUCAGAACUUGGACCCACAAAGAGCACAAGAAAGCAUACACAUGGGAGGAGGGAAACGGAGGGCCGAGGUCGGGCGAAAAGUCGUGGUCCACGUACAGACACCAACUCGAACAGUUCGUCAACCGAGUCAAGGGUAGAGAAGGGUCUGGAUGUUGGAUGUCCGGCGAGGACUCUAUCAAACAGAUGGAGAUGGUCGAUUCCGCCUACAAGAAAGCAGGAUUGCCGCUUAGACCCACCAGCACAUAUCACUGA